AUGGGAGCAAAGGCAUCAAAACCCGCCCAAUCGGCCACGCGCAAAUUCCCCACGAGAGCACCCGGCAGUGCCGCUCCUCCACCACACGCCCGCCCGCGGCCCGCAGCGCAACGGACCCCCGAGCCGCGAGCGUCGUUUACAAAGGACGACGCAAUCAAAGCAGAUAGCAUAGACCCAGACCCGAACCCAUUUACAAACGCAGCCUUCUCGCAACGGUUGAAGCAGAUGGGCGUCGCGACGCCCAACCCGACGCUUUCUAACUCAUCCACAGCGUCGCCCUACCCCGGCUCACCGGACCAAGGGCCGCGGAGCCAUAUAUUCCCCUCGCCGGCGCAGAACCCGACGCUAAGCGCCCUCGAGGCACGGCAACGGCUGGAGGAGCGUGCGACGCUUGAGUUUGAGAAUGUUCGCCAGGGACGGGAAUUUUUAGACGUGGGCACGUUAAAGCAGGCGCUGGUGCUACAGGCGCGAGGAACACCGGCUGCCGAUAUCGAGAGGAGGCUGCGGCUUAAGAGCGGUGUUGUGAAUAGAUUAGGGCCUAGGGGGGUUACUUUGCCCUUGACUUAA